GAUGCCCACGUGGACCUGGAAUUCGGCAACGAUGUUGGCUACUUGCCGGAUGGCACGCCAAUGAACCUGGCGGGCAACAACAUCAACCAUCCGGAGAACAUUGGACCAGACCCACAUGCUCCAGGCUCGCCACUGCCGCGUGCUGUGUUCGCGAACGACGUGGGAUACUUGCCCGACGGCACGCCUUUGAACAAGGCCGGAAACGCCAUCAACCACCCGGAAACCAUUGGCCCAGAUCCUCAUUCUCCGGGCUCAGCUUUGCCACCAUCCGCUUACGCCGCGGAUGUGGGCUAUCUUGUGGAUGGCACACCCAUUGAGGCCGCCGGCAACAAUGCAGUCCACUAG